AUCGUUUGAGCGAACAGGUUGUCUGUCUCGCAGAACAUAAAUUUCUGCUCGCAAUGUCCUUGUCCACCCUCUUGCUGACGCUCGUUUGCGGUCUAGUAGUUUAUUUGUUGGUGCGCUGGAAGAAAAAUCGCUCAUAUUGGCAAUCUUUGGGCAUACCCUGCGAGGAGCCACACCUAAUAUUGGGCAAUGUGUGGGGAGUGCAAACCAAGCGCGGCUUUUCGGAUGUAUGGCAGCAAUAUUAUGAUCGCUUCAAAGGCACCGGGCCAUUUGCGGGAUUCUAUUGGUUUCUCAAGCCUGCAGUGUUUGUGCUGGAACCGGAACUAAUUAAGCAGAUCUUAAUUAAGGAUUUCACCAAUUUCACCGAUCGUGGUUUCUUUCACAACGAAAAGGAUGAUCCCUUGUCGGGACAAUUGUUUCUACUGGAUGGUGGCAAAUGGAAGAAUAUGCGCAAUAAACUGUCGCCCACCUUUACGUCGGGGAAGAUGAAAUUCAUGUUUCCCACUGUCAUUAAAGUGGGCCAUGAGUUUGUUGAGGUUCUGGGCAAAAUGCUGGACGCCGAAGGAAGUGUGGUGGAGGUUAAGGAAAUGUUGGCACGUUUCACCACCGAUGUCAUAGGAACUUGUGCCUUUGGCAUAGACUGCAGCAGCCUCAAGGAUCCCAAUGCUGAGUUUCGUGUUAUGGGCCGCAAAUCCCUAGUGGAGCAAAGACAUGGUCAACUGGUCAUAGCAUUUAUGGCCAGUUUUGUUGAUUUGGCACGCAAGCUGCGCAUGAAACAAACGCCCGAUGACAUAGAGCAAUUCUUUUUGCGUAUUGUACGCGAAACUGUGGAAUAUCGUGAGAAGAAUCAAAUUCGGCGCAAUGACUUUAUGGACAUGUUGAUCGAUUUGAAGAAUAAGAAGCUAAUGAAGGGCGAACAUGGUGAUGAGUUGACCAAUUUGACUUUGGAGGAAAUCACGGCACAGGCUUUUGUCUUCUUUAAUGCUGGCUUUGAGACCUCAUCGACAACACUGGGCUUUACCUUGUACGAAUUGGCUAAAAAUCUGGAAAUACAAGAGCGUGGACGCCAAGAGGUUUUGGAAAAGUUGGAGAAACACAAUCAAGAGUUUAGCUAUGAUUGCAUGAAAGAAAUGACAUAUUUGGAGCAAAUCAUAUCGGAAACCCUUCGCCUUUAUACAGUUUUGCCAGUGCUCAAUCGCAUGGCCUUGGAGGAUUAUGUGGUGCCUGGUAAUCCUCGCUAUGUCAUCAAGAAGAAUAUGCCGAUUUUCAUUCCUGCCGGAGCCAUACACCGCGAUGAGCAAUACUAUCCCAAUCCCCAGGUCUUCAAUCCCGAUAACUUUUCCCCCGAACAAAUGGCCAGCAGGGAUUCGAUUUUAUUUUUACCCUUUGGUGAGGGGCCCAGAAAUUGUAUUGGCCUACGUUUUGGCAAAAUGCAGGCUAUGGUUGGUCUAGCCAUGCUCUUGAAGAAUUUUAAGUUCUCCUUCUGUGAUCAAACCGAAACUAAAUUGACCUAUAGCAAGAAAUCGUUUUUGAUAGGUACCGAUAAGGGCAUAUAUCUAAGGGUCACCAAAAUAUAGAAACUUCAUAUAUUUAUAUGUAUGUAGGUAUGUAUAUUGAUUUUUGUUUUUUUUUACAUUUUUUACCAGUUAUUAAAUAACAAUAAAUGUGAGUGUGUGUAAAAUUUUAAUGUUA